CUAAAUUUACACACCACAACCCAUUUUUCUCAUUUCCCUAAUUUCCAUUUUCCAUAAUUCCCUUUUGAUUACACCCAUUUUUUCUAAUUCAGGGUUAGGGUUUUCCUCAUCAUCUAAUAAUAAAAAUUUACAUACUUUUUUUUUUUUUGUUGCAUUAAUCUGAGCUACUCCCACCACCUUAGAUGGAUCAUUGAAAGGAACUGAAACCAGGAAGGAAUCACAUUGUGUUACGUUUUCGUUUGUUUAUUAAUCAGGUCUUCUCAAGAAGAUCUGAGAAGAAGUCGGUCUUCAUAGUUUAUUUAGCCCACAAAAAAAAAAAAAAAAAAAAAAAAAAGAUGAGUGCUUCGAGGUUUAUCAAGUGUGUUACGGUGGGUGAUGGUGCUGUUGGAAAGACAUGUCUUUUGAUUUCUUAUACAAGCAACACUUUCCCUACGGAUUAUGUGCCCACUGUGUUCGACAAUUUCAGUGCAAAUGUGGUCGUCAAUGGAGCCACUGUCAAUCUAGGGUUGUGGGAUACUGCUGGACAGGAAGAUUACAAUAGAUUAAGACCUCUGAGUUAUCGUGGGGCCGAUGUUUUCAUUUUGGCAUUCUCUCUCAUUAGUAAAGCCAGCUAUGAAAAUGUCUCCAAGAAGUGGAUUCCUGAGUUGAAGCACUAUGCUCCUGGUGUCCCGAUAGUUCUUGUUGGAACAAAACUUGAUCUUCGGGAUGAUAAGCAAUUCUUCGUAGACCAUCCUGGUGCUGUGCCAAUUACUACUGCUCAGGGUGAGGAGCUAAGGAAAACAAUUGGUGCACCUGCGUACAUUGAAUGUAGUUCAAAAACACAACAGAAUGUGAAAGCAGUCUUUGAUGCUGCCAUUAAGGUCGUCCUCCAGCCUCCCAAGACGAAGAAAAAGAAGGGAAAAUCACAAAAGUCCUGCUCGAUAUUGUGAUCAAACUGUAGGUCCAGUGAUAUUGCUGGUCACAAUUCUCGUUGUAAUCGCAUCCCUUUGUCUUCCUUUGUCUCGGAGGAAGUAGGAGGUCCUCGUUUGUCUUAUUCGAAAAACUACCAAUGAUCUCUCAAAAGUGUCAGGUGGCUUGGUUUUUCUGUAUAAUUGUGGUUGGUUCACCUUGUAGGCCACUCUAGCGUGCCCUUUGUUUUGAUUUGGUUUUAUGUAUUAACGACUGAAUGAUCCAGUUAGGAAAACAAAUUCUUUUUGGAA